AUGGAUUUCACAUAUAAUUAUUUUUUCGUUAUUUUCAAAUUUUUUCAUGAAGAUUCUAGGCAAUGGCAUAUAAAACAUGCAUUUGAAAAAAUUAACGGAACCGGUUUUAAAUGUAAAAUAUGUGGACAAAUUAAAAAACAUGUGAGAAAUCAUUAUUUGAAACAUUUUCCGGAACAUCACGAAUGUCAUUUGUGCAGGAGAACAUACACAAGAAAAGAUAAUUUAAAUUCUCAUUUAAAAAGGGAUCAUUUUCAAUCGAUAAUGGAAAUAGUACAGGGGAUGUUUAUGCAACCCUUAAAUACGUCCCUGAUUCUUCAAAAACAAUAA